UUUAGAGUAGCUUUGUGUUUUGGGGACAACUUUGUUGCGCUAGGCGGAGAGAGCAUAUAGACUUCUACCAAGAUAGGCGCAGGAUGAGACGGUAUUUGCCUAGCUAUUAUGUUUACUAUAUAACAAUUACAUGUUCAUCGAGACUGGAUAUAUUGAUGAAGAUUAAUACCUUCAAAUGCUCUUACAAGCGACCAGGUUCUAUACCGGAACAGUUCAACGCUAGAGGUAUCGGAAAGCUUAGCUUUAUAUGGCAGUGCUUAUUUAUAUAUUUCUCAGUAUUCGGGUUCAUAAAUUAUCCAGGUAGGUGGUGGUUAAUAGAGAGGUAGAUAGAUCAAUAUUUCUCACUCCCUAACCCUACCUAAUUCCCUACCUCUAAGA